UCCCUUGGCUGCGCCUGGGCGGGCGGGCGGGGAGCUGAAGGGACCGGGGCGCGCGGGAGGCGCGCAGAGCUCUCCGGCAGCCCGCGCUCGCCGCGCCUGGGGAAUUGGCUGUGGGCGAGGCGGCCCCGGCUGGCCUUUAUCGCUCGCCCCGCUGGUCGCUUGAAACUUUAUCAGCGAGUCUCGCCACUCGCCGCAGACGCGAGCGGGGGGCGGGGGCGCGGCAAGGCGCCGGCGGCCGUGACGAGGCGCCCCCGGCGCUGAGCGCUUCUGCUCCGGGCACGCAUGGCGCCCGCACACGGAGUCUGACCUGAUGCGGACGCAAGGGGGUUAAUAUGAACGCCUGUCUCGGUGGAAUCUGGCUCUGGCUCCCUCUGCUCUUGACCUGGCUCAGCCCUGAGGUCAGCUCUUCAUGGUGGUACAUGAGAGCUACAGGUGGCUCCUCCAGGGUGAUGUGUGACAAUGUGCCAGGCCUGGUGAGCCGCCAGCGGCAGCUGUGCCACCGACACCCGGACGUGAUGCGUGCCAUCGGCCUGGGCGUGGCCGAGUGGACGGCAGAGUGCCAGCACCAGUUCCGCCAGCACCGCUGGAACUGCAACACCCUGGACAGGGAUCACAGCCUCUUCGGCAGGGUCCUGCUUCGAAGUAGCCGGGAAUCUGCCUUUGUUUACGCCAUCUCCUCAGCUGGAGUUGUAUUUGCCAUCACCAGGGCCUGUAGCCAAGGAGAAUUAAAAUCCUGUUCCUGUGACCCAAAGAAGAAGGGAACCGCCAAGGACAGCAAGGGCACUUUCGACUGGGGUGGCUGCAGUGAUAACAUUGACUAUGGGAUCAAGUUUGCCCGAGCCUUUGUGGACGCCAAGGAAAGGAAAGGAAAGGAUGCCAGAGCCCUGAUGAAUCUUCACAACAACAGAGCCGGCAGGAAGGCUGUAAAGCGGUUCUUGAAACAGGAGUGCAAGUGUCAUGGCGUGAGCGGCUCAUGUACCUUGAGGACCUGCUGGCUGGCCAUGGCCGACUUCAGAAAAACGGGCGAUUAUCUCUGGAGGAAGUACAACGGAGCCAUCCAAGUUGUCAUGAACCAGGAUGGCACUGGUUUCACUGUGGCUAACAAGAGGUUUAAAAAGCCGACGAAAAAUGACCUCGUGUAUUUUGAGAAUUCUCCAGACUACUGUAUCCGGGACCGGGAUGCAGGCUCCCCGGGUACAGCAGGCCGUGUGUGCAACCUGACUUCCCGAGGCAUGGACAGCUGCGAAGUCAUGUGCUGUGGGAGAGGCUAUGACACCUCCCGCGUCACCCGGAUGACCAAGUGCGAGUGUAAGUUCCACUGGUGCUGUGCUGUGCGCUGCCAGGACUGCCUGGAGGCCCUGGAUGUGCACACGUGCAAGGCCCCGAAGAGCCCCGACUGGGCGGCUCCCACAUGACCCCAGCGGAGGUCACCAUCCACCUUCCCUCCCACAAGGACUCCAUUGGAUCUGCAAGGAUGCUGGGCUCUUGGGUUCCCUCUGGGAGAUGUUUCCUUAGGCACGUGGCCUUUGUCUCUACGGAAGCCUCUUCCCGCUCCCUGGGGGCCCAGGACGGGGCCCACACGCUGCACAUUAAGCAUGCCCUAUUUUCUCCGACUGCCGGCAUCCUGAGGCACGUCUCUUCCUGGUCGCGACGGGCUGUUAGAGGGGGGAGGGGUGGUGGGCCCAGACCACUGUCUCUACCCACCUAGACAUUUCCUCUUCUAGAACAGUUGGCCAGAGGGAAAAAGAGUGUCUCGAAGGAGCUUCCUCUGUGUUUUCCAACAAAUGUUCACAGUUAAGAAAUUCCAUACUUCUGUCCGGAGGGUGAAAUAUAGAAAGCAGGAUAAACCCCUACUGAAUUAACUUUAAUUCUUGAAAAGACCAAGCAAGGCUUUUGCCUGAUCAAGUGAUUUUCACAGCCACCACCUCUGGGGUGAUUGGUAAUUGGCUGGAGAAAAAUGGCUUUCAAUAAACUUUAGGUUUCAAAUGCACGCAUUUCAAGGCAUUUGCUGCCAUAUUAAAAUCUGAUGUGACAAGGUGGGUCUGUUGUCCUUUGGUACAGUUUGGAGUCUGUGCAAUAGCAAAAGCCUCAGAAAGUGAUUGCUUUGCAUUACUGUCCACUCAAUAUAAAGAACUUUUUAGGGAAUGAGAUCACUUAGAAUCUGAAGGGAAUUUAAAAGAAAACUGAUGAGCUGGCAGUAUUCUGUAACUGUUGGGUGAAGAUGGAGGAAAGUAACCUCCAUGAGUGGUGAGUGGAAUGUCAGAAAACACAACUGUACAGAUAAGGGGGAAGGGGGGGAAUGAAAUUCCUACCUGGUGUGAUGCUUGUGGCCCAUGGAAUUCUGUAACUGAAAUGCCUUUAAGAAUGAAAACUUUGGGGAUGACAAGACCAGGGAACCAAAAUGCUGACAGAGAGGUUUCCAGAGCGAGGUCAUGCCUGGACAGCUCCAACCAUAAGUGGACAACUAAAAGAAGUCGGCCGUGUGCGCAAAGGGGCAUCAACUAGUUCCUGUCGCCCUUCAAGCACAUUGUAAAGACCUGUCAUAUUUAAUUGUGUUCAUUUGACGCUUACAAGAUGACAAGAUACCAUAGCCUAAAGCAAAUAACACAUAGCCUUGCUUAUAAAGUUGGUAACCCUAGUGUAUUAUAUUGCAAACAAAUUGUAACUUGGAGACUAUAUUUAAGGGACCCAGCUGUAAUUAUGGGAACAUCGAUAUGCAAAUUGUGGCUGGCUUCUGCCCUAAACCGAAAGAUGACAUCCAAGGAAAAUGGAGAGGCUGCCGGCCCCGUUGUAUCAGAUGAAAGAAAGGUGAAAUACCCGAAGGUACUCCUCAUUCCCCCCCUCCAGUUAGGUUCUAGUUCUAAAUGUGAUCUCUUCACAGAGCUACAUUAACUAACAGGAUGAUUCGUUACAGGCAUCUGGUGUCACAUUGCUGCUGCUUGCUUACCCUUUGAUACUUUGGCCUUCAGGUUCUCUACCCUUGAUUUAGAGCAGGACAUUGACACCAAGCCUCUUGGAAAUCAACCCUCUGGAGUGUUUUGUCAUAAUGAUAUUUGCCUCCUAGCUUUCUUAAAAAUGACAGAAUUCACCUCUUUUCACUCACUCCCAAACCCUAAAAUUAAUUGUCUAAUUUUUCCAAAGUGGCUCUUCCUUCUUUUUAUUCUAAGGAUUCAGAGGGUGGGAGGAUGGAGCGUGGUGGUGGCUGCUCUGAGCCCAGUGUGGGUCUGGGAGUGGGGAGGGGGGGUGAGUGGGAGGCCGAACAGGGGAGCUCAGUCUUAGUUACACUAAAGCUUGCUGUGGGAGGAUGGAGGGACUUUCUUGGGGGUCCCAAAGCCAUCAGCCCCCCUUCCUGCUGGAUGAACUGUGAAGUCAUAAAUCCAUGGAUAUAUUUAGACAUGGAAAGGAUCUUAGAGGACAUCUUAGCUCCCCUCAGCCUGUAUCUGGGGAAACUGAGACCAAGAGAAGUGAAGGAAUCUGUACAAAUACCAGCCGUUACCCCGAUACUCCCAAAAACAGGACCACACUCUAAGAGUCUUCAAGAAAGUUAAGCACUUUAUCUAUUAAAUGAAACUAGUUUGUCUCAGAAUUAACUUGGUGGAUUCUAAGCAAUUUUAGUGUCUUGAGGGGAUGUUCAUUGUUUGUUUGUUUGUUUAUCCCUGGCAUGCUUAGAUCUGACUCUCUUCUUAUGCUGAAAUGCAUCCUUCCUGAUAAGGAGCAAGGGGACAAGGCAUGUCCAUGUCCCCUUGCUCAUACACUGCCUCUUGCUGCAUAAAUUGUCCUAUUUUGUAAGAGAGACUAUGGCAGCCAUCUUCAGUGGCAGUAGAUGAAGCCACUGUGGAGAGUAAAAUAAGAGAGUGAAAUAUUUUUAUCUGCUUUUACUUCUGAAAGAGAAAAUCUCCAAAUUUUUAAAAAGGUGAAGAUAAUUUCAAACUUAUUUUCUUUAGGGUUUGGUACAGGAUCAAUAUUUCAUGACUCUAAAAGAUACUAAACUCUUGAUUUUCCAGGCUUUUAAGGGAAUGUAUGGCAUGAAUUACCCAAAAUAAAAUAAUGAGGGAAUCCAUUCAGGUCAAAUCCCCUUACAAAUUCCCUCCCGGUAAAUAUCUUAUUAUAAGUGGAAGUUUUCUAAGCUCAAGAUGAUGCCUAUUGAUUUUUCUGCCAUUUCUGAAGACGUUCCACACAGCAGGAGAUCUUCACUAGUUCACUGUAGUUUUCUUAAAUAAAGAUAUAAUUGCACAUGAUUCUCAGACUUAGCAAAUGGGUUUUUUUCUUCAAUAGAUUUGCCUCUGUCAAUUGGUCUGUGGUGCCGACUGAACACCCUUUUCAAUGUGCGUUCUAGUUACAGCGUCCUGGACAGUGCCUCAUGCUCUGAAAGCAUUAACACCCUGCCUUAAAGAGACCAGUUUAUCCCCUCAAAUGGCUUAAACUCAAGCACAAACACCCCCAGUGCCAUGACCACACUGGGCUCUGGCUCUGUGCCCCUCAAGGAUGGGGGCCCUGGCCUGUUAUUGGACCACAGUUACUUCAGGAUGGGAGUGGGAGACGCAUAGGGCAACCCCAGGCGUAGAACACUGCUUAUCUGCUCUGCCUUUUAUGGGUGUCACUAGAUUGAAAUGGGCAUCCCAGAAGGAUCCACCAAAUGGCAAGUUAAUCUGCACGUGGCCUGAUCAUGGGAGGGGGAGUGAGAGGGAAAGAGCCAGGUAGCUGUUGCCAAGAGACCAGCUGAGUUUGGUGAUGGUGGAGAGUGGCUUUUUCAGCUCUUGCGGGUAACCUCCACCCUUCCUUCUCUGUGGCUUCCCUGUCCCCUCCCAGCACCUACUUCCAAGGCAUCUGGAGGCCCCUGAGCCUUAGGGCCUCGGGCCGUUGCUCGGCUGUCCAUACCUGUUGUCUAGCUCUGCUCCAGGCUGCCAAGGUUAAUUUCAAGAGAUGUUUUCAAUUGUCACGACGAUUUGCCUUUUUAUAGGAGUUAUUAUGAUGCUUGAAAACAUCAGGUAUCACGUUUCUUUUUCAAAGAAAGGCAGCUUUAAAGUCAGAAAAUCCAACUUCACAUUGGCACUUCUCGGCCUUAUUAACUUAUUAAAGAAUCUUACAUUGACUCUCUGAGACCUACAGCGGGCCUCUCUCUCAGAGGCAGCCAACAUGACCGUGCAUGCGCUUGGGCUUGACAGUAUUUUCAGGCCAGGAUAUUUGUUAUUACUUCUCACUUAUUAAAGGCUGGCCUGGGGCCGGUGUUGUCUCGCUCAGUUAAAGAACAUUCAUCUCCCCUCUUGCCCACUCUCAAAAUAAAGGCUCAGAGAGGUGUCCAAUGGACCAGAACCAUUCUUUUGUCUAUUUACUGUACUUCAACCUGAGUUCCUUAUCUUAAGAGCAAGAGUUGUACUCUCAACAAAUAGACCUCCCAGUUCCAAAGCUGGUAAAUUGCUUUUGUCAGGUCUGUGCUGACCUGCAGAGCAGUCUGCGGGUGUAAGCUGACAGCUAAGGUGUGCUGAUUUUGACCUUAUCCUUACCUAGGCAGAGAAAAUUUUCACUCAUCCAUGAGAAUGUUCUUUACAUUUUUCUGGGGAUCAGCAAGGUGACAGGUGGUUUGCAAAGCCCAACAUGAUCGUUAUUUUUCUAAAUUGUAGUUGUUCCAGCUCUCGUUUUUUUUUUCCUGAGGUUCACAUGGAUUUCUUGUUUAACCAAACCUCCCACUUCCACCAGCUAAUAAAAGUGUCACGUAGAUUGUUACAAAGAACUAUUGUUAUUUACAAGUCUACAUCUUCUGUGAAAUCAAAAUAUAAUAAAGCGAAUUUUCGGUGUUGA